AUGCUACAAAUUCCAAAAUUGAUGAUUGAUGGAGAGGAUGAUGCAGUCUCAACCUUUGAACCUGCAGACCUCCACCAUGCUCCUCCUGCGUUCAUCGGGUCCAGUGACGGAGAUUAUCCGGUAAUUCGGAGCUUCCAGGAUGCCAAGAGCAUCUGUUUUGUGGAGAGUACAAAGCUUUGGUCAAUUGCAGGGCCUAUUGCCUUUAACAUAUUGUGCAACUAUGGUGUCAACUCCUUCACAAACAUCUUUGUUGGGCAUAUAGGAAAUGUGGAGCUCUCUGCUGUUGCAAUUUCUCUCUCCGUCAUUUCCAAUUUUUCGUUCGGCUUCCUGCUUGGUAUGGCAAGUGCACUUGAAACACUAUGUGGGCAGGCAUUUGGUGCUGGGCAAGUAGACAUGCUAGGAGUGUACAUGCAGCGCUCGUGGAUAAUCCUUUUCGCUGCCUGCAUUGCUAUACUACCCCUUUACAUCUAUUCCGCGCCAGUCCUAAAACUCCUAGGGCAAGAGGAUGACAUUGCAGACCUUGCCGGAAAAUUCUCCAUCCAAACCAUCCCUCAAAUGGUUUCCCUUGCCAUCAACUUCCCAACUCAGAAGUUCUUGCAGGCACAGAGCAAGGUUGGAGUUCUUGCAUGGAUUGGUUUCAUCACUCUGAUAGCACACGUAGGAAUCCUCUUUCUCUUCAUCAAAGUUUUCGGGUGGGGAACCAGUGGUGCAGCUGCUGCGUACAAUAUCUCAGCCUGGGGGAUGGCAUUGGCUCAGGUGGUUUAUAUAGUCGGUUGGUGUACUAACGGCUGGAAGGGGUUGUCAUGGCUGGCCUUCAAGGAAUUGUGGUCUUUUGCAAAACUCUCCAUUGCGUCAGCUGUCAUGCUUUGCUUGGAGAUUUGGUAUUUCAUGACCAUAAUCGUUCUCACUGGACACCUUGACAACCCUGUUAUUGCAGUUGGCUCCCUUUCAAUCUGCAUGAAUGUGAACGGAUGGGAAGGCAUGUUGUUCAUUGGGAUCAAUGCAGCAAUAAGCGUUCGAGUCUCCAACGAGCUAGGAUCAGCACAUCCUAGAGCUGCAAAAUACUCAGUCAUUAUCACCAUCCUCGAGUCUCUCCUCAUUGGGAUGAUUUUUGCAGUGGUUAUCUUGGCAGCCAAGGAUCAUUUUGCCAUCAUCUUUACUGAAAGCAAGGAGAUGCAAAAAGCCGUCUCUCGUUUAGCCUUCCUACUCAGUGUUACAAUGCUCCUCAAUAGCGUUCAGCCGGUUAUAUCUGGUGUUGCUGUUGGAGGAGGUUGGCAAGCUUUGGUGGCUUACAUAAAUUUGUUUUGUUAUUAUAUUGUUGGGCUACCUCUAGGGUUUCUUCUGGGUUACCGUACAAGUUUGAGAGUGGAGGGAAUUUGGAUUGGUAUGAUAUUCGGGACAUUAUUGCAGACACUAAUCCUCUUGUAUAUUGUUUAUAAUACCAACUGGAACAAAGAGGUAGAACAAGCCUCAGAAAGAAUGCGGCAGUGGACCGGAGAAGAACUAGGUGAUCCCAAACAAUGGGGUGGCCAAGAAAAUGGACUACAAAAUCAAACCAUAUAG